AUGCCUGCCCCAUCCCUGGCCAUCUUGGCCUCCAAAACCUCUACCACCCCCAACUCACCGAAUGUGCAUCGUCCAAGCGUACGGAGAAAACACCCUGGUGAUGAGGAUCUUGUCUCUCCCCGCCUGAUCCCACUCGACAACCCCAAGGGACCUGCCAAUGAGCCUCCCAGCCAGAACAUGGAUAUCCUCUCCGGUUCAGUCAAGCAACCCAGCAAGGAAGAGCUGGAUAAUGCGGUACGAAAAGCCAUCGAGGAGAUAGCCGCUCUCCGGAGGCACGACACUACACCAGCAGUAGCAGCAGCUGCAGUGCCUGCCACAAGAAAAAGCUCCCUGUUCUCGAACAUCGAGCGGUACGAGGAAGAUGACCUCGACGAUGUCUUUGAUGACCUCAUCCAGACGGGGCGGGGUUACUCUAGCUGCAGCGAUGACUUGUCCGAGGACCAGAUUUGGGAUGACGAAGAAGACUCGACGAUAUCACAAGCCAUGGGUUGCUCAUCAAGCACCAGUUCUAUUGUGGAGACGGAUCGUGCUAGUUUGACGCAUGAGGUGCUUCAAGAUCAUCAAUAUGAGUGCGAUGCGGAUGCAAGGUCAGCCUAUAGGGCUCACAGGACUCAGUCGUACGCCCACACAAUGUCCUCCCCUGCGCCCUACCCGUACAUCAGCCCCUCUCCCUGGACCAGCUCUCUCAGCGAGAAGGCGGAAAUCCAUCGCAUCAGGGAGGAGAUGCUUUGGAAUUAUCAUCAAUAUGAGUUGGGGGAGGAGAAAAGGCGAAUCCUGCGAGCUAUCCAAAGUCGGUCACACGUCCACACAACGGCAUCGCCUACGCCGUCCGCCAGGCCUUUUCCCUCCAGCCGCUCUCGCGAAGAGGAGACGGAAGUUCAUCGUUUGAGGCAGGAGAUGCUCCGGAAUUAUGACCAAAUUGAGUUGGAGAAGGAGAGAAUGGCAAUCCGUCGAGCGAUCCAAAGUCAAUCACACGUCCACCCAACGUCAUCACCUACGCCUUCCACCAGGCCUUCCCUCCCCAGCCGCUCUUUCGCAGAGGAAGCAUUUCUGUUCCACCUCGCAAAUAUGAAUGCCAAGCAGGACCAGAUGAUGGCCGCUCAGCGCAGCUGGCCCACCUCCGAGCAUCAGCAGACCUUCAAUGCUCAGCAGGCCUUGCUUAAAGAGCAGCAGGCUCUUCUUGACGACCAGAAGGUCAUGAUUGCCGACCAGCAGGCUUUACUUGCUGACCAUGAGACCUUACUGUUUGACCAGCAGACCUUGCUCGCCGACCAGCAGGGGAUGAUUACGAGCCAAGAGGCCGUCAUAAGGACCUUGGAGGGCCAGCAGGAUUCGAAUCUGGUUAUCGAUCCACCCAUGUUGGCACCGCCACCGUCGACAAAUAGCACCAGACCUAGCACCAGCGCUCCGACCAGAGUCCCAACACCCUUCAACAUCUACAACAGCUACCAAGUCCCUGAAAAGAGGGAGCAGCAUGGCAUUGACAACUCCGGCUCUGAUCCAGACUACAAGUACUACAACAACUACUGGGACUACGACUACUCCAACUACCAUGACUGGAACUACGACAAUCACGACAACUAUGACUACAACUCCAACUACAACAACAACGACGACGACGACAACUACUUCGACUGCUCUUCCUCCCAAGAGCCGGAGGAAGAAAUCAACACUACCCCAAUCGACGGCAAGUACGUCAUCAUCAAAAGCAAAGCCAAUAAUGCUAACGAAAACAGCAGCAACGCCAACAACAAGAACAACAAACACCCCUCGGAGAAGCCAGUAAUCCCAGCACCAUUGAUACUUGCCACGGGCUGCUUCUUCAUGCUGGGACGCUUUCUCCUCCACACCCUGGUCACCACCUCCUACCCAAACCUUGUCUCAAGGCUGUGCCACCACCUCUCCCGCCGUUCUUCUCCUGGGUUCCAACUACUGUGGGCGGUUCUGAGCUACGGGUACCUGACGUUGAUCAGGGAUUAUCUUCCCCAUGUUUCGUUUUAUUUACGUGUCAGAAGAGCAAGAAGACAUUAG